AUGAACAAAGAUGAAAAUGAACAUAUAACAACAACUAUUAUAGAUAAAUUAGCCAAGUAUUUAAACAAACCCCCCAAUGAAUCAUUAGCCAAAACGAUCAUAAGUCAGGCAACUGCAAAAAGUUCAGAAGACUUUUCGAAAUUUACACAGAUUAUAGGAUUAAAAAAUGAAGAUCAUAUAUCAGAUGUAUACAAUUCUGUGAAGGCUGCUAAUAACAAUAAACCAACUCAAGUUUCGUACAAGUUACGAACAAAUGAUAAUCUUAAGCCAAAGCAAAAACGCCCAGGUGUGACAUUAUCUUAUGAAGAAACAGAGAACGAUGAAGAAGAAGAAGAAGAUGUAAAUGAAGACGAAACAGUAAUGCCAAAUGUGAAAAUACGACCCAGAGAUGAAUCAGCCAAGUCGAAACAAAUGUCGUUCAAAAAGAUGAGGAAAGAAGAUGCAGCACAAAUGAAGCAAGUCAGUCCAGAAAUACAAUCCCAUCAUUCUACGAAGACUCAACCACAUAUAGAGAGAAGAAACCAAAUUGAAUUUAAAAAAGGAGGUCACAAACCAAUGAAGACUAAUGUGCCAAGCGAUGUUGGAAGGAAUACUAAAAAUGUGAAUUCAGAAAGUCAACAGGAGUCUAAUGUAGGGACUGGUGGAUAUUUCAACGAAAAAGGAGAUUAUGUAGACAACGACCAUGCAAAAUCGAAUGAUUUUAGUAGGAUUCCCAUAGUGAGCCAUGUUUUCAUUCCUCCAUUUUUGACGAAACUGAAAGACUAUUUGACAUUACAAAUAACUGGAACCUCCGUUAAAGGCGUUGGUCCAACUAUUAAUCCAAUCAAGAAUAUUAAUUCAGAGUUGGCAUCCAUGGCGAAGCAAGGUUCAUUAGUGGUCCAAAGUAAGAAAUCGACUAAAGAGAAAGCCAAACAAGCAAAAUCAAAAGUAGGGGUCGAUACGAAAGAGGUUGUAAGUGAGGAAGUAAAGGACAAAGAACCAGAUGAAAAAUAUGACUACGAUAGUAUUCAAAAGCAACGACAAAGUCUACCAGCUUAUGCUGUCCGAAAUGAAGUAGUAUCUGCAAUAAAAGAAAAUCAAGUUACAAUUGUAAUUGGUGAAACUGGUUCAGGUAAAACUACUCAAUUAGCUCAAUUUUUAUACGAACAAGGUUUGACAAAUGAAGGAAAAAUUAUUGGAUGUACGCAACCAAGAAGAGUGGCAGCAAUGUCAGUGGCAAAAAGAGUCAGCGAGGAAAUGGAUGUAAAACUAGGAGAAGAAGUUGGUUACUCAGUCAGAUUUGAUGAUAAAACUGUUAAAUCUAAAACGGUAAUUAAAUACAUGACGGAAGGUAUUUUACUUCGAGAGUUUUUAGCAGAUCCUUCAUUAAAUGAUUAUAGCUGUAUUAUAAUGGAUGAAGCGCAUGAAAGAGCUUUGAACACUGAUAUUUUGUUAGGGUUGUUCAAAAGUUUAUUAGCAAGAAGGAAGGAUUUAAAAUUAAUAGUGACAUCUGCUACAAUGAAUGCUGACAGAUUCACAAGAUUUUUUGGAGCAGCUCCACAAUUCACUAUACCGGGAAGAACAUUUCCUGUAGACGUCUAUUUUAAUAAAAACGUAAGUAUGGAUUAUGUUGAGACCGCAGUUAAACAAGUCAUUUCUAUACAUUUACAAAGAUCAGCAGAGAAUACGACCAAAUUCAUUAAUGAUGGGGAUAUCUUAGUAUUUAUGACAGGUCAAGAGGAUAUUGAAAUAACUUGUGACAUGAUAAGAGAAAAACUCGAAAUGUUGGAAAAUCCACCACCUUUAGACAUUAUUCCAAUUUAUUCGUCAAUGCCACAGGAAUUACAAAAAAAGAUUUUUAAUAGAUCCAAUCCUAAUAAGAGGAAGGUAGUUGUUGCAACCAAUAUUGCCGAAACUUCACUUACAGUCGAUGGAAUAAAGUAUGUCAUAGAUUGUGGUUUGGUGAAAGUUAAAGUGUACAAUCCAAAAUUGGGUAUGGAUACAUUACAAGUUGUACCUAUUUCAGUUGCAAAUGCAGAUCAACGAAGUGGUAGAGCAGGUAGAACGAAUGCUGGUGUAGCUUACAGGCUAUAUACCGAAAGAGCCGUUGACCCUCAGAAUAUGUAUGAACAACCAAUUCCAGAGAUUCAAAGAACAAAUUUGAGUAACACGAUGCUUUUAUUAAAAUCUUUGAAGAUUAAUGACAUUAACAACUUCCCCUUUCUUGAUCCGCCACCAAAAGAUCUAUUAAAUUGUUCAUUGUAUGACUUAUGGGCAAUUGGGGCAAUUGAUAAUUUAGGCGAACUAACCAAAUUAGGCUUGGAUAUGAUUCAAUUUCCAAUUGAACCGACGUUAGCAAAACUUAUUUUGUUGUCGUGCAAGGAUGAGUUUCAUUGCUCUGAAGAGAUAUUGACCAUAGUUGGAAUGUUGAGUGUACCUAAUAUUUUUCAACGAUCAAAAGAAAGAGGUAGUGAAGCUGAUAAAGCAAGAGAAAAAUUCAUUAUUAAUGAUUCUGAUCAUUUGACGCUACUCAAUAUCUACAAUCAAUGGGAAACUCAUUCCAAUAAGGUAGGAAAUAGUUAUUCAAAAUUAAAUUUAUGGUGUGAGAGCAAUUUUUUGCAAAUGAGAUCUUUAGUAAGAGCUAAAGAAGUAAAAAGACAAUUGACAACCAUAAUGGCGAAACGAAAAUUACCUAUAUUGAGAUCUUACAAUGACGAAGACAUAAAAAAAUGUUUAUGUGCUUCUUUUUAUCAACAACUGGCACUACUAGUUAAAAAUCAUAUCAAUGGUACUCCAGAAUUCCAAAAUUUGCGUCAUUCCUAUAUGAAGAUGUAUUUACACCCAACAAGUGGUUUGAAUAAUAGCAAUUUGAGUUCAAACUUUGUUAUUUAUCAUGAGUUGGUAUUGACUUCGAAGGAGUAUAUGAAUUAUGUAACUUGUGUUGACCCCAUGUGGCUCUUACAAUAUGGAUUCAAAUUUUUUGGUGUUCCAUUGGAGUCAAUGGAUAAAUUGAUUGGUUUGAAGAAUUUUACCACGAAAGAAGAUUUUGAAAAAGAGUUAGAACAAGAUCGCUUGAGGUUUGAAGACAUUGAAGCUAAAAGUUUAAAAGACAAAGGAAAAGAUUUACCAUCAUCUAGUGGUAAGAAGAGUUUGUUGUUCAAAAGAAGAACUGCAUUUUGA